GCGACGGGAGGGAGCCGCGCUGCGUGGGGGGGAGGCAGAGCCGGGGGGGACCUCAGCGCGGCGCGGUCUCACCCCUCAAUCACUCCUCCCACAGUGAGCCGUGCCUCUUAACCCCCGGGAUCCUCCCUCCCGCCGAGCACUGCUCCGCUCUGCAGAACGCGAGUUGAUGUCCGAAAAACGAAUUAACGGCCUCGGACAGCCAUGAGCUGUCUGGAUGUUAUGUACCAAGUGUAUGGUCCCCCCCAGACGUACUUCGCCGCAGCCUAUAGCCCCUACCCGCAGAAACUCGCCUUGUACUCCAAAAUGCAAGAAGCCCCGGAGAGCGGCAGCAGCGCCGGCGCCAGCAGCUCCUUCUCCAGCCACGCCGCCGCCAGCAUCAAGGAGGAGGAGUGCAGCCCCGAGAAGGAGAGGCCCCCAGAGGCUGAGUACAUCAGCUCCCGGUGCGUCCUCUUUACCUACUUCCAGGGGGACAUCAGCGCCGUGGUGGACGAGCACUUCAGCCGGGCGCUCAGCCAGCCCAGCAGCUUCUCGCUUGGCAGCGCCAAGGCGGCGCGGAACGCCGGCUCCUGGCGGGAUGGCUCCUUCCCGAUGAGCCAGCGCAGCUUCCCCCCAUCCUUCUGGAACAGCGCCUACCAGCCCUCCUCAGUCCCUGUCACCCUUAGCAGCCCCCUGGCCACCCACAGCGAGCUGCCCUUCACCACCACGGACCCCUAUGCCCCAGCCUCCCUGCAUGGCCACCUACAUCAGGGCAGUCCUGAGGCCUGGCAUCAUGCCCACCACCACCACCACCACCAUCCCUACCUUGGGACACAGAGCACAGCCUACCCUCGCCCCACAGCCAUGCACGAAGUCUACGGUCCUCACUUUGACCCUCGCUAUGGUUCCCUGCUGGUGCCCACUGCCUCUGUCCGCCCCCACCGCCUCACCCCCGCCGCCAUGCCCACACCAGUCAGCCCACCCUGUGAGCUGAGCAAGGGCGAGGCGGGCCCUACUGCUGCCUGGACGACAUCGGGAGCCUUCCCCAAUGCAGCGGGAGAUGUGGCACAGAGCCUUGGCCUCAACGUGGAUGCAGGCAAGCAAGGGCAAUGUGUCACCCACUCCACAUAUCUGGCUCUCAAGACACACUCUGAGGUUUGCAGCCUCAGGACAAAAGCAAGGAUCUGUACUGGUUUUAGAGCUGUCCUUCACUCUUCCUCCCCUGGCUCUCCCCUGUAGAUCUCUGCCUCUAGGCAUGGUGGCAUUCAGAGCUGAAGUCGGGUCAGUUUGUAACAGCUUCUGGUCUUGGUUUGCAGCUCGGCGUUACUCCUUCUGUGGUGGACCCCUUCUGAGCUGACGAGCUGACUCAGAGCCUCCCAGACCCCCUUGCCCUUUUCCAAGCCUACCAUGGUCCUGCAGCUUGGGGACAGACAACGGGACUUAAAACAACCUGGCUUUGCAAGGAUGAUCCUUUAGACUUAUUUUGGAGGUGAAAACCCCUCUGCUGAGAAAGGAGAGCCAAAGACCAUGAACUAUUUAAACAAACUCCACAGUCAGAACUGCAAUUGGACUAUUUUAAAAGAGUCAAAUGACGUCAUGAACCGUGAUGCAAAACCACUGGCCUUCUUACAAGGGACAGAGGAAAUUGUGGUUAUUUCGCUGGUGUGAAUAUAUAUUUUUUUUUAUGGAGGUGAAAAUUAUUUCUUGACUUCAACAUGGGAAAAACUAAUGUAGCAGUUUUGAACUGGAAUCUUACUUUACAAUUCAGAAAAGGAAAAGGAGAAGAAACUGGAACUCACUAACAUUUUUUGGACUACUGAGGAGCUAGUCAGAUUUUUCAGCAUUGUGGUUAUGAAUGGCAAGCGCCGAGCUUGGGCCACCUGCCUUGGGCUUACAGAAGUGCAGCUGUUCCGCGGACAACUGUUCAAACUCCAGAAAUAUGAAAACCAAGGUGGCACUUGUCAGAAUUUGACAUAACAUUUGCAUUGAAUGUGUAAUGGUUGUUUGUUUUCUUUUUCUUUUCUUUUCUUUCUUUUUUUUUUUUUUUUUUUUAACAAGAAAUAUUUUAUGGUGAAAACAAAACCCUCUUAAAGAAGGGGGAGAAAGGAAACCCGGGAAAAACUGCCCGCCCUCAACCUGGCAACCUUUAAGGGGAACAUCAGAAGGAUAGGCACUUGUGGGACAAUAGGUCUGGGUUGCCUCUAACGCUUCCCUUUGUCUACUUGUUGCUGUCAUUUUGUCACUUUAAUAAUUGUCUUGCUUUGGUUUGAAAGGUGGAAUAAGAUAUCUAUUUAACGGUAGGAAAGCUGCAUUAAAGGUAUUCCUUCUUUCA